AACCAUGGCCACCAAGGCACGGAGAGGUGCCAGGGUCUGCUGUGUUCCCAUGGAAGGGGUGGGGAGAGGAGAGAGUCCCUUUCAGCACCCUAGUGCAUGUGCAACUUCCUGCCUGUGAGGAAACACUCGACUCAGAUUAGCCCAGCUUCUCCUUUCCCUUCUCUGGCCUCAGAGAAGCUGUGGUGAUCCGUGGGCCGCGCUGGCCUCAGCCAGAUUGCCUGGCCAAACGCAGGAGGAGCUAUGCCCUGGACUGUCCUGCUCUUUGCAGCUGGCUCCAUGGCCAUCCCAGCACCAUCCAUCCUACUGGUGCCCCCACACCCCAGCAGCGAGGAGGACCCCAUCUACAUUGAAUGCAUGGCCCCCAGGGGCUUCCCAGGGGCCAAUUUUACGCUGUACCAAGGGGAGAAGGUGGUCCAGCUCCUGCAGGCCCCUGCAGACCAGCUCCGGGUCACCUUCAACCUAAGUGGAGUCAGGGAGGCUGCGGGAGGAAAGUUCCACUGCCAGUAUGGUGUGCUAGGCGAGCACAGGCAACCUCAGCUGUCAGACCUCAGUGAGGCCGUGAAUGUCUCCUUCCCAGUGCCCACUUGGAUCCUGGCAGUCUCCUUGAGUCUGGCUGGAGCCCUCCUCCUCCUUGCUGGGCUGGUGGUCAUUGCCAUGGUGAUCAGGAAAGUGAAAUUUAAAAAAUUGCAGAAGAAAAGAGAGCAAGAAUCCUGCUGGGCCCAGAUUAACGUCACCACAGACAUGUCCUUCGAUAACUCUCUGUUUGCCAUCUCGACCAAAAUGACUUCAGGAGGAGAUGCAGCCACGCUGGAUGCUCUCUCAGGCUCCAAUGCGACUCCUGACAACUUUGGGCCCCGGAAGAGGCCUACCUCCACAUCAUCUUCGCCUGAACCCCCUGAAUUCAGCACCUUCCGGGCCUGUCAGUGAGGCUGAGAAUUGGGCCUCUCUCUCUCUGUGUGCUCUGCCCUCUGUUCAGCCCUCUCUCAUUUGAACUGGCCGGGCUGCGUGGGAGCCAAGGUCCCUUCAGCUACUUUGAGGGGUUCUAGCUGCUGCUUUCUCAGGGAACUGAACAGUGACAAAGAGACCCCUGGCCUUGGGGUUCUGCUCACAGAGGAGCAGGAGUGGGGGAGGGGGUGCAGGCAUUGGCCCAGAAGCUGGACAGAAUGCAGGAAGCUUCUCUUUGGAUUCCCAGCUUCUCAGACCACCAAGAAAGGAGAUGUUAAGAUCCCUUCUGGCCCCCAGCUGGGCCACAAGAGGUCUGAGCUCUCCGCACAAUCCUCCGAUUUCCUCUUCCCUUGCCACACCUGACUGGGCCAACCUACAUGGGUUUUUGGAGCAUAGGGUACCUGGGGAGUAUGUUCUGUGUGUCUGCCUUGCUGGCAUGCCUAAGUUAUUAAUUAUAGCAUGUGUUGAGCUGUUC